AUGCCGCACUCAAGCGCGGAUACUAAACAGGUAUGAUCUUGCAACGACGAUGAGCAAAGGCAGUUUUGCGGCCUCUUCUACUACUACUACUACUACUACUACUACUACUACUACUACUACUACUACUACUACUACUACUACUACUACUACUACUACUACUACUACUACUACUACUACUACUACUACUACUACUACUACUACUACUACUACUACUACUUCUUCUUCUUCUUCUUCCUUUGUGAAGUGAAUUUCGGGAGAGAUGCCGUUAAACAGGUUCUGCAAGCCUAA